GAAACAAAAAACGAGCCGUAAACUUGCACGUAAACUUUUACACUUGUUUUGAUGCACUGAAAACAAAUUAUGUCCGUGUGGGUUAAAUUGUGUGGAAUGUCGUAUUUAAUUAAACGAUGUCAAAGAUAACACUUUUAGUAGUUUUUAUUCUGGGAAUAUUUGUUUCGUUUUUGUGUUCUUGUAUUUUUGACUCUGUACAGCUAUGGGCAAAUUUGGGAUUUGGUGCCAAGUCAAGGGUCUCAUUUAUUCCAGUUGAAGAUGACCUUUAUCUUCAAAGUGAUGUUUUUAAUAAUAAGUUCAACCCUGGAACUGAUUUGGCACCUAAAAAUUCCAAGACUGACCAAGAGAUUCAAAAAGAAGAACACGAGGCUCGGAACACUCUGCAGGCUGCUACACAGAUGUGUCGGCUCGGCAAGCUCGAAAAGGCCGGCAAGCUGUUUGAGCACGCGCUGGCGCUCAGUCCGCGGCACCCGGACGUGCUGACUGAGUAUGGCGAGUUCCUCGAGCGAUCCGACGUCACCCGCGCCAACCACCUGUAUACGCGCGCGCUCAUCUUCGCACCGGACCACUCUCGCGCCCUGCAGAACCGCCAGCGCACGCAGCCGCUCGUAGAACAGAAUGAUCUGUCGCAGCUAGAGCGCAUCGACCGCAAGCGAGAUGAGCUCGCGGCGAUUCCGGAGUCAAGCGCGGCGCUGCGGCGGAUAAAGAAGGAGGCGUACUUUCAGCAGAUCCACCACACGGCCGGCAUUGAGGGAAACACGAUGACGCUGGCCGAGACGAGAACCAUAGUGGAGACUCGCAUGGCGGUCGGCGGACGCAGCGUCAUGGAGCACAACGAAAUCCUGGGCCUGGACGCGGCCAUCAAGUACAUCAACACCACGCUGGUGAACCGCGUCGGUGCGAUAACGCUCGACGAUCUGCUGCAGAUCCACCGCCGGGUGAUGGGCCACGCCGAUCCGACCGCGGCUGGCGAGCUGCGCACCAACCAGGUGUACGUUAGCGAGCACGUGCCGCCGCCGCCCGGACGCAUCCACACUCUUCUGGAGAGCUUCAUCGAGUGGCUGAACGCUCCUGAAACGUUAUCACUCCACCCCGUCAAAUACGCAGCGCUGGCGCACUACAAGCUGGUCUUCAUCCACCCAUUCUCCGACGGCAACGGGCGCACCUCGCGUCUGCUGAUGAACCUGAUCAUGAUGCAGGCCGGCUAUCCUCCGGUCAUCAUCCGGAAACAGGAUCGCUACAUCUACUACCGUACCCUGCAGCUGGCGAAUGAGGGUGACGUGCGGCCUUUCGUGCGCUUCAUCGCGGAAUGCGCCGAGAAAACGCUGGAUGUGUACGUGUGGGCGACCCGCGAGUACGUUCAAAAGAUCGGCGACGAGACCGAGCGCAGCCCCGCCACCGCGCGUCACGAACAGGCGGAGGACGACUUCGUCCGCAACUUCAACGGUGAUGACUUGGUGAGACUGCGGACACCCAGCGCACAUCGCGAACCUCAGGAGCUGCCUAUUGACGAGAUUCGUCUGGGCGCUUCUGGUCCGCAGCUGGUUGAGCCGCUGGUGCAGGUGAUUGACGAUGAGCCCACUCAGGUGUCGGUUGGUGGCAGGAGAGACAUGGUGGAGCAGGAGCCAGAUAAGGGACGGAGUGAACCCACCCAUGUGUCGGCUGGGAGUAGGACAGACGUCACAGAUCAGGGGACGUUAGUGGAGAGCAGCGAGCUGAGUGGACGGACUAGUGAGCCGCGGGUCAUAGACGAUGAGAGUGACGUCCUGGCAGCUGGUUUAGUCGACAGCGACAGUGGGCCGGACGCAAAGUCAGACGCGGAAAGUGGUGAUUUAGUGGAUAGGUAAUAAGUGGGGUGUGUGGGCUCGUGGUUUCCUACAUUGUUUGGUUGGUUGUUGGGCGUGGGACUGGGCUGUGAACGGAAUCAUACGCAGUAUUUUGAUCGAUGCUGGUCUACCUCGGCCGUUAUUGUUGCCAUUGUUACAGCAGUGUCGACCGAGACUGUGAAAGCCUGUUGUGACUGAACCCGGCUAGUGCUGUGGUCAACACUGUCAGAUAAUGUGCCCAGUUUUUACACCGCUGCUCAUUAUCCUCGAUUCGAUUCUGUCUGCUGCAAAUAGGGUAGCUGGACAGUUCCUUUUUAGUUAAUUCUUAAAGCUAGCUUAUUUUUGGUCAGAGUAGCUGUGUGCUGGCAAUAUUUCUUAGCGAUGAGGUGACUAGAGAGGCUAUCUUUUACAAUUAAUAAGAAUGAUUCACUUUACCGUGUGUAUCAAUUAUAAACGGUCUGCAAGCGUAGACGGUCCUUAUAGACGGUCCUGCAAGCGUUUGAAGUUACCUGAGAAGCAGUGUAACGCGUCACGCGGAAACGUGUGCUCAGCACGUUGUGAUCUGAUUUCUGUGUGUCACAAGUUUACUGCCUGCUUGGGGGAUAACAUCGGGGUAGAUAUGUAGCCCAGUUAAUUGAUAUUUAUUUUUAUUUAUAUAUGUGUCGCCAUGUGGAAUGUUUCUACCUGAAAAUUGUGUUUUUGUGAGAAACAACCGCUAUGAUAGACUUUGCUUUAGCUAGCUGAACACUUACUGAAAAAGUUAAACCAUUCCUUUGGUGCGACAUUUAGCUAUUUUUUUGGGGUUUCCUCUCAUAUUUGGUAAGCAUGCAACAGUAUCACAAGAAAAUAUAUUUUCGUACCAUA